AUGUUGGCUUGCCUAAUUGGGAUAAUUGGUACACCUAAUAUCCGCAUAGUUUCCAGGGAAAAUCCCAAGGCAGAUGAUCAAAUGAUUCAGAUUGCUGGAGACAUGGCUAGUUUAGGAUGCUCUUUUACAAGUGACCUCGCGGCUGAGGGCUUCGAUAGGGGUGAUGCUAUAUCGACUUAUGUGUCCAUUCUUCCGUACCUUCCCAUGCCAAUGAAUGAAUCAAUUUCAAAAGAGUUUACUAUCCGUUUGUUUUUCCAUACUACAAAUAUUGGAGACGUGAUUGGUGGUCGUACAAUCAUUCAAAUCUUGCGAGAGUCGAGAGCAAAUAUUAAAAUUGGCUCGAGGUUAGGGUUUGUAGUCGUACAAGACUUGCGUGUUCUAGGUAUUUUGGUGUUGUGCUAUGGAUUACUGAUAGAGGGAAAGAGGCAGUGCUAUGUUGGUGAGUAUGGGAUGGGUGGCAAAGGGUGGUGGUGGUGA